AUGAACGAGACGAACGAAUCAUCUCCAUCGACUGAAGAUCAACAUCAGAAUAUAUAUUCUGAUGUUAAUUCAGAUACUCUUCUACUUACUAUUGAGAGUAUGAUAGAAGCUGGUCUAAACAAUGUAACAAAUGAUAGUACAAGUCAUUUGACAUAUGAUUUUGCAUUGACAUCAUUAACAUACACAAUUAUUUUUGGUUUUGUUUGCGCUCUUCUUUGUUUUUUAACAAUAGUGGGUAAUCUACUUGUACUUAUUACUUUUCGUCGUAUGCGAACAGUUGGAAAUUUAUUUAUUUUGAGUCUUGCUACUGCUGAUCUUAUAGUUGGUUGUUUUGUUAUGCCAAUUGCUGGUAUAUAUGCUAUUACAGAAAAAUGGAAUAUGAGUCUUAUUCUUUGUCAAAUUUGGAUAUCAGUUGAUUUUAUCGCAUCAACAGCAUCUAUAUUUAAUCUAUUAACAUUAAGUUUAGAUCGUUAUUGGUCUAUAACAUCACCACUUCAAUAUCUUGGUAAACGAACGCGAACACGAGCUUUAUUAUUAAUUGGUUUUGCUUGGGGUUUAUCUCUUCUAUGGAUUAUACCAAUAUUUGGUUGGCAUCAUUUUAAUAAUGGCAUACGUCAAAUUGAAGAUGGUAAAUGUGAACCUGAGUAUACACAUUCAAAAGUAUUUAAAGUAUCUACAGCUAUUAUUAAUUUCUAUCUACCACUUCUUGUCUUAAUAUCAUUAAAUGGUCGUAUUUAUUAUGAAAUAAAACGUCGUUAUAGAAGUGUUCUUUUACAAAGACAUUCAAAUAAAUUAAAUGAAUCAAUAACUACGACGAAUAACAAUAAUAAUCAUAAUCAUAGUUUAUAUACUCGUAAAUUAAAUCAAACAAGUAAUCAUUCACGUUCACCAGUAACAGUAACAUUAUGCGAUAGUGAUCGACAAUUAUGUUCAUCAACAAUACAUUAUACAGAAAAUGAUAGUUUAGUUAUACCAAAAUCUCCAGUACUUAAUAAUGAAUCAGUUUUACGUAUUAAUUUUAAAGCAAAAAAAUUUCGUCCUGCUGUAUCGAAACAACUUUCUGGUGAUCGAAAAUUAUCAUUAAAACGUGCUUAUUCAUAUAUUGAUAACAAUCAUUGUACACAAGAUGAAUUAACAUGGUUUGCACAUCGUCGUGAUCAUUGUCAUAAUUCCUUUACACAAACAUCACCGAUAAUUUUAUCAACAUUUAAAUAUAAUUCACCUAUUUCUCAUCGUAAUCAUACAAAUGAAUGUUCUUCAAAACAUACAAAUGAUCAUAAAUCAAAUAAAAUCUAUUCAAAUAAACAAAAAAUUAAACGUAAUUUAUCUAAUCCAUCAUUAAGUUAUAAAAAUUCUUGUUAUCAAACAUCAUAUCACAAUACAACAGUACCAUGUCAUCGUUGUUCAUUAUUAGAUUCAUUAAAAUUAUCAUCAUCAACACCACCAACAACAAUGAAUAUAUUUAAUUUAUGUCAUUGUUGUUCAGCAGCAACAUCAGCAAUUACAAUACAUUCCAAUCAUUUUGUAAAUAGUAAUGCAACUUCAAAUAGUGAAUCAUAUAAAACAGCACGAAGAUUAUCAUCAUCAUCGUCAUCAUCAAUUGCUCCAUCAUUGAUCAAUCGAAAACAACCAUUACCUAUAUUAUCUUAUAGUAAAACAAAAAAUACAGUUACAACAAAUUCUAUAACACGUUCAAAUUCUCAAAGUUCACCUUAUCUAUUAACAAAUAAAGUUAAACAAGCAACUGUAUGGAAUCAACAAGAAAAAGCAUUUCGACAAUUAUUUGCAAUUGUAUUUGGUUUUACAUGUUGUUUUCUACCAUAUUUUAUUAUAUAUAUGGUUGUUGCUUUUUGUGGUUCAUGUGUAUCAGAACGAGUUGUAACAGCAACUAUUUGGCUUGGUUAUGUUAAUUCAACAAUUAAUCCAUUUUUAUAUGCAUUAUCAAAUAAACAUUUUCGAAGAACAUUCAAUCGAUUAUUAAAAAGAGAUAAUCGACGACAAAUCUUUUAUAAUUAA